CUUCAUUUUGGUACUACUAACUUUAAAAUGCCGUUGUGUUAUCUCAUGAAAAUCUAAGUUCUUCGAGUGAGAAUGAGAGGGUUAGAGAGAGACAGUGCUAGGGUUAGGGCAAGGUUUCCGACAGCCAAGGACAGUGGUAGUGGAAUCAGGCGGCAGCUUCCACGGUAUGGCAAGCAGUAUCUGGGGCAGGCAACUUCGUAUUUCUUCUACGAUUUUCCAGUGGAUCAUUCAGCAAAGGAUUUGUGGUAUUGUUUUUGGUCAUUUGGGAAGGUGGCAGAUGUGUAUAUUCCAGCAAGACGGGAUCGGAGAGGUCGUUGGUUUGGUUUUGUUCGUAUGUUGAAUGUCUCAAAUGUUAAGGAGAUGGAAAGGAAAUUGAACCAGAUUAAGAUAGACUCUUAUCAUCUCAAGGUGAAGCUCGCUGAGAAUAUGAAAAGGGGAAGGGAGGGGACAUUGUUGGGACAGCAAAAGAGUUUGGAGAAGCAAUGGAUUAGAAGAGACAGUAAGGUGACUCCAGGGAAAACUUAUGCUCAGGUCGUUGCUGGAAAUAUGGGUGCACUAGAGGAAGGGAAGUCCUCCACUAAUGGGGUCAAAAACGAAGCGGUUUUAAAUUUUAUUCCUAAAGAUGAGGAAGUGGCAUGGCUGAAACGUAGUAUGGUGGCUGAGGUUCGUUCUUUGGAUAUGGUGAAGAGAAUCCAAAACAGCUUGGAUGUGGAGGGAAUAAAGGUGAAUGUUGCUAUGCUUGGGGGUCGUCAAGUCAUUUUAGUGGAUAACUCGGAAGGUGGCCUGGAGGAGUUUCUCAACCGAAAUAGAGAAUUGGUGGAAUUGUGGUUUGAAUGGAUUAAGCCAUGUUCUUUAUCCACAGUUUCUUCAUUGUGUAGAUUGGUAUGGCUUCGGCUCAAUGGUGUUCCGUUGAAGGCAUGGAGCGAGAGAUGCUUCACAGAAUUAGGGAACAUAAUUGGAGAGGUGAUUCUUGUUGAUGAGGAUACUAGGAGUAAAUCGUUUUUAUGCGAAGGAAGGGUGUUGAUUUUGAGUGCAGAAAAGAGGAAAAUAUCAACAACCAUUUGUUUGCGAGUUGAUGGCGAGGAUUUCCCAAUAGCAGUGUCAGAGGAGGAGUGGAGGAUGGAUCCGGACUGGUGGUUGGCCGGAGAACGUCGAAAUCCGGCCACUCAACCCAGUUCGGAAUAUUCCAGCAGCAACGAUGAAGACGGUAAUGACGGUUACAGUGAUUUGAAUUUGAACUUCAAUGGAAACGACUUUCUGUGCGGAGAUGGUGGUGAGUCGGCCGAAGAUCAUGCUGUAACGGAUUUGGUUUUAUAUAAAGAGUUAAGUAGACAAGCAGAGUCGCAAGGAGAAGAAGCGGCUGGGUUUGUUGGCCUAAAUGGGCUAAACGAAAUUGGGCUGGAUAAGGGGAACCAUGUUGGGCCGGGAGUUGUUGAAAAUGGAAUUGGGUUGGAGGAAGCACAGCCUAGUUGUGGGUCCAUUGGGUCCAUCUUUAAAUCCCAAGAAUCUUCUACACAGCUGCAACAGAUGGCGUUGAAGGGGAAAAAACGCAGGACCCUGAGGGAGAUUUAUGCAGGGGUGGCUGGAGCGGAUGAAACGAUGAGAAGGGGCACGAGUUGGAUUACAGCCCGAACAAAGAGUAGAAGGGAUAGGAGGAUGACAGCAACGACAGAAGAGGAGAGGCUGAAUCUGCAGCAGGAAAGUUGCUUUGUGACGGACGGAUGCAUUCAGCACAGAAAUGGGAUUAUUCGGCGUCAAUUGGAGACAAAGGAGGUGAGGGAACUAUUUGAGUUGGGGCAAAGAAAUGUGGAUUGGGGUCCCAAGCCUUUUCGAGUACUUGAUGCAUGGCAACAACAUCCAGAUUUUCCAGAAUUUGUGGAGAAUAGAUGGAAGGCUAUGCAAAUCGAAGGAUGGGCCUCAUACAAAUGUAAACAGAAGUUGAAGCUUUUAAAAGAGGAAUGUAAAGGAUGGAACAGUGGGGUGUUUGGUGAUGUGGAGACUCAAUUUGACACCCUAGUAAAGCAGGUUGAGAGGUUGGAUAAAAAAAGUGAGGAGGAUGGGUUGGACGAGAAUGAGAAGGCACGGAAUAAUUGGGUUCGUUUGGGAGAUGCAAAUACAGCAUUCUUUCAUAGGAGUGUUCAUGCAAGGAGAGCACAGAAUGGCAUAUCUGGUAUCUUAGGCAAGAAUGGUUGGGUGGAGGAACCGGAUGUAGUCAAGGAGGAGGCAAUUAAGUAUUUUAGCAAACUGUUUCGAGAUGAAAAGUGGCGUCGUCCUGUCUUGGGUGGGAUUCAGUUCCGUAGAAUUUCUACGACACAAAAGGAGUGGUUGGAAAGACCUUUCACAAUAGAGGAAAUUGAAGAGGGACUUCGAAGUUGUGAUGGAUCGAAGGCACCAGGACCAGAUGGUUUCAAUUUUAAUUUUAUAAAGUUUGCAUGGAACACAAUGAAGGAUGAUUUUGUGAAUUUCUUGCAGGAAUUUCAUCAUCAUGGGAGGUUAGUUAAAGGUCUUAAUUCCUCAUUUUUGACGUUAAUCCCCAAAAAAUUGAAUCCAGUGCAAUUUAAGGAGUAUCGACCUAUCAGUUUGAUUGGGUGCUUGUAUAAGCUAUUGGCGAAGGUCUUGGCGAAUCGGUUGAAAAAGGUCAUGGCAAAUAUUAUCCGUGAUUCGCAAUCAGCGUUUGUUGGAGGACGGCAAUUGGUGGAUAGUGUGUUGAUUUUGAAUGAGGCUGUGGAUGAGGUAAAAAGGAGAAAACAAGAGAGCUUCAUUUUUAAAGCUGAUUUUGAGAAAGCUUAUGACUGUGUGGAUUGGGAUUUCCUGGAUUGGAUGAUGGACAGAAUGGGGUUUGGGGCUAAAUGGAGGAAGUGGAUCCGUGAAUGUCUCUCGACAGCUAGGAUUUCUAUUCUAAUAAAUGGAAGCCCAACAACGGAGUUUACAACUAGUAAAGGUCUUCGUCAAGGUGAUCCUUUGUCUCCUUUUUUAUUUUUAUUAGUUGGAGAAGGGUUAUGUGGGCUUGUCAAAAAAGCUGAGAGUGAAGGGCUUUUUCAAGGGGUGGAUAUUGGGACGAGUGGUAUGAGGUUGUCGUUGCUUCAGUUUGCAGACGACUCUGUUUUUAUGGGAAAGGCAUGUGCUGAUAAUUUAAAGGUCGUGAAGGCUAUAUUGCACUGGUUUGAAUUGAUUUCAGGGUUGAAGGUUAACUUCAACAAGAGCCAUUUGUAUGGGUUUAACGUUUCAGAAGGGUGGUUAAAAGGUGCAGCAGCUAUUUUGCAUUGUGGAGUAGGCAAGGUGCCUUUUAUAUACCUUGGUUUGCUAGUAAGGGGGGAUCCAGGGAGGAAACAGUUCUGGAAUUCAGUGCUGGACCGUUUUCGAUCAAAGCUUGCCUCGUGGAAAAGCCCACUACUAUCCUUUGGAGGUCGGAUUACCUUAAUUAACUCGGUACUUUCUGCUCUCCCUAUUUUUUACUUAUCUUUGUUCAAAAUUCCUAAAUGUGUGCUUAUUGAGUUAGUUAAAAUUCAAAGGAAUUUUUUUUGGGGUGGUGUGACUUUGGAUAAGAAGAUUUCAUGGGUGAGUUGGGACAGUAUAUGUGUGGAUAAGGAGAGAGGUGGAUUAGGAGUGGAUGAUUUGGAGAGGAGGAAUUGUGCGUUGUUGGGUAAAUGGUGGUUUAGGUUAGGAGAUAGUUUAGAGGGUUUAUGGAAGAGGGUGAUUUGGGAGAAAUAUUAUGGGGGUCGAGAGGAGGUUGAAGUUACUUCAUUCGCAUCUUUAAAUAUGUCUCGGGUGUGGAAAGAUAUUGUGGGUGUGGGUAGUGGGUCGGAAAGGCUGUUGGAGAUGCUAGUAAAGGGCUUUAAAUGGAAAGUGGGGGAUGGAAGUUGUGUGAAGUUUUGGAGUGAUAGAUGGGUUGGAGAAAAGUCUUUAAAAAAUUUAUUUCCUAGGGGGAGACAUGGGUGUAUAGGGAGGGCGGCUGGUGAGGAAGAACAGCUUAGGGAGUUGAUUAAUGGUGUAAAGUUGAAGAUAGACGGAGUAGAUUCGUGGAGAUGGAUUCAUAGUGGAGAUGGUUUAUAUUCGGUUAAUUGAGAGAGGGGGAAAGAAAUUUCGUGAGGAUCA